CCAGUGUACCUCAUAAACCUAUGUAAACAACGUAUUUGUGUAACCGUGCUGAAGUUUAAACUUAGGAUAACAAGUCAAUAGGGCCAACUUAAUCAAGCGUCAUGACGGAGACCUUAACGGAGGAAAAACUCAAUCAGCUAGCAGAGGCUGUGGCUAAUAAUGAAAAUUUAUUAACGCUCGGGUUGAAUCUGGGAUUCAAGGAGUCCAAGGUCAAGAUAUACAUCAGUACAAAUAAACGAAAUGACAGUUUCGAAGGAACCAGCUCCAUGCUCUUUGCUUGGAAAAAGAAGACACGGAGAGCGAAGCAAAUACCUGAUCUAAUAAAAGCACUGGUAGACGCUGAAUUGGCAGAAUUAGUUGAUGAUUUCUUUCCAUCUGAUGAGGAUGGUUCAACCCCUCCUGGUAAUGUCAAAGAAAAUGGAACGAUGAAUAAAAAUGGUAAUCCAGACUCUGCUGAGGAACUGGAGGAUAUUGAUGACAUCUUGGUCAAGAUUGCCAAAAAAGUCCAACAAAACUCAGAAAUCGACACACUGGGAUCCAAGCUUGGAAUUUCCCCUGAAGAUGUUCAAAGAUACAUAGCAACCAAUAACAAAACACAACACAUUACGUGGGAUGGAACUCUGCAGAUGCUACGGGAUUGGUUUAAAAACCAAAAAAAAUCUGGUCGAGAGAGAGACGCUUUGAAGGCUGCUCUCGAAAAAGCAGGUCACAUUCGUCUUGCUGAUGAGCUCUUUUCUUAAUCCAAUUAGUAAAAGAGAAAGAUAAUACGAACAAACCCAUUCAUUCGGGAUUAUCUGUUUCUGCCACCACAGUUAUGUUUAUUUUAUCACCAGAUAAACCGGACUUGAACACGUCGAAAUAUACUGUAUAGUUGGUUGAUGGAGAAGUACAAAAAGCUGUAAAAUAUGAUAGUUUUGUUUUACGUAAAAAAAAUUACGGUUAUACCAUUCAUGACUAUUGGGCUUUAAUGUGUCAUGGUUCCUUAGAAAAUAUAACGUUUUAAAAAAACAAAACCCGUCUUAAAUGAUAUUAUGGUUAUCACAAAAUGAAGUUAAAUCUUCAAAUAAAAUCAAAAGAAGUGUAAUGGUGACAAAUGAUUUGAUGAAAUCGAUUGGAAUUAUCGUUAAAUGGUUAAUUUGUCCUGAAUUUCAUUACCUUUUUUUCAGGUCAUACCUAGAACUAUUUCAGCGGAAUAAUGCAAAUCGUUAAAAUGCCAUGAAUUUAUUAUUCUUUGUCCGACUUUGAUAAAAUUGUCAGUGUUUUGAUUGUCUGAAUUUUCUUAAUCUGUUCAAAUCGUGUUGUUUAUAGCCUGGAGUAUCCGUUUAAUUGUAAUCCUCUUUUGACAUAUACAAUAGGUGACCGAAAUUCAUAUUAUAUCUGUUAUUUAUAGUUUGCAUAUACUCAAUUCGGUCAUUGUUGCGAGUGUCUGUACUUUUCUCUCUCCCUUUCCCUUUCCCUGCAUUUCCUCUUUUUACCCUUGCUCCUUCCCCUUUCUUUUCUCACUCGUUUUCGUGCUUACUCUUGCAAUCCUUGCUCCUCUUUCUUGCUCCUCACCUCCUUGCCUGUCCUACAGAUUUCUCCUUAAAAAAGAGCCUAUAUCAUUCAGAUCCAGUUAUUAUUUAUAUCUAUAUCAUAAUUUACAUGUAUGUAAUGUACUACAGGUACAU